GACACGUCAAAACGGGGUAUUUCGGUAUUCGAUAUUCAAAUUCUCCCAGAGGAUAGGGGACAGAAAUUUGGACAAAUGGAAGAAGAGGCCAGUGAACAGAUGCGACCCCUCUUGACAUCAGGGAACGAUGAUGAGGCGGUGGUGGACCUGGGGAAGACGAGCUCCACCAUUCACACCAACUUUGAGAAAGAGGAGCUAGAGAGUCACAGAGCGGUCUAUGUGGGUGUCCAUGUUCCUCUGGGCAGAGAGACCAAACGGAGACACCACCGCCACCGUGGCAACAGACACCACCGCAAGAGGAGAGACCGCUCGGACCGUGAAGAUGGACGAGAGUCUCCUUCUUAUGACACCCCAUCCCAGCGGGUCCAGUUCAUCCUGGGGACAGAGGAUGAUGAUGAGGAACACAUGCCCCACGACCUGUUCACUGAGCUGGACGAGCUGUUCUUCAGGGACGGACACGUCUACGAGUGGAGGGAGACAGCCAGGUGGCUAAAGUUUGAGGAAGACGUGGAGGAUGGAGGGGAGCGUUGGAGUAAGCCCUACGUGGCCACGCUGUCUCUACACAGCCUCUUCGAGCUCCGCAGCUGCAUCCUCAACGGCACUGUCAUGUUGGACAUGAGAGCUAACACUAUUGAGGAGAUCGCUGACAUGGUGAUAGACAGCAUGGUGGCGUCAGCUCAGCUGGAGGAGGGGUUGAGGCAGAAGGUGAGGGAGGCCAUGUUGAAGAGACAUCACCACCAGAAUGAGAAGAAGCUCAGCAACCGCAUCCCUCUGGUGCGCUCCUUCGCUGACAUCGGCAAGAAACAAUCUGACCCACACCUGCUUGAGAGAAACGGGAGUCUCUCCGCCUACUGCCCCUCCCUCCUGCGACACACCUCCACCGCCACCACCCCUCCCUCUUCAAGGGAGUCCAGGGGGUCUCAGUUCCUCAACCACCUCAGCCGCCUCCUGCUCAGCGCCAGCGCCCCUUCCUCCCCCCUCAGCACCGCCCAGGACACCCCUCCCCUAGCCAGACACAGAGCCUCCACCCCUCCCUGCCCGUCCUCCACCCUUCCCUGCUCGUCCUCCACCCCUCCUCUGACUGACCCAGACCUAGACCCAGAGAUUGGGUUGGCAUCUGGGGAGGGCAAGAACUGGAGUAUCCCCAGUGUGGUGGUCCAUGCUCCAGAUGGGGAGGAACUGAAGCUCCAGUCCUGUCUAGUCAAUGACCACAAGGAGGAGUCUGAGGGUGCAGACCCCGCCCACCUGGUGCAGCUCCUCACCCCACCUCCAGCAGGCCUCCUGGCGUCCCCCCAGUCAGCUCCUGGGAACCUGGAGAACAGUAAACCGAGUGAGAGCCGCAUCAACGGAGGAAGCAGAGAGAACAGCACUGUGGACUUCAGCAAGACUUGCCACUGUAGUUGUGGUUCCCGGGGAGGGGGUGCCAGGAGGCCUGCAGUGGACAUGAAUUUCAUGAAGAAGAUCCCUCCGGGGGCGGAGGCGUCCAACGUGCUGGUGGGAGAGGUGGAAUUCCUGGAGCGACCAAUCAUAGCCUUCAUCAGGCUGUCCCCCGCCGUGCUGCUCACUGGUCUCACUGAGGUCCCCGUACCCACCAGGUUCCUGUUCCUGCUGCUGGGUCCAUUUGGGAAGGGUCCUCAGUACCACGAGAUUGGCCGCUCCAUCGCCACGCUGAUGACAGACGAGAUCUUCCAUGAUGUAGCAUACAAGGCCAAAGACCGGAACGAUCUGCUGUCGGGGAUAGAUGAGUUUCUGGACCAGGUGACCGUCCUACCCCCAGGAGAGUGGGACCCUACGAUACGAAUCGAGCCCCCCAAGAGUGUCCCAUCUCAGGAGAAGAGGAAGAUGCCUUCCGUGCCCAACGGCUCUGCCCAUAAUGAAUCCUUCAAAGAAGACCAACACCAAGCAGGACCAGAGCUACAGAGGACAGGGAGGAUCUUUGGGGGCCUGGUGAUGGAUGUAAGAAGGAAAGCUCCGUUCCUGUGGAGAGAUAUUAGGGAUGCUCUGAGCCUGCAGUGCCUGGCCUCUGUACUGUUCCUCUACUGCGCCUGCAUGUCCCCUGUCAUCACUUUCGGAGGCCUGCUGGGCGAGGCCACCAAGGGAAACAUUAGUGCGAUCGAGUCGUUGUUCGGGGCGUCUCUGACGGGCGUGGCCUUCUCCAUGUUUGCGGGCCAGCCACUCACCAUCCUGGGCAGCACUGGGCCAGUCCUGGUCUUUGAGAAGAUCCUCUUCAAAUUCUGCAGUGACUACGACCUGUCCUACCUGUCCUUGAGGACCAGCAUCGGCCUGUGGACGGCCUUCCUGUGCCUCGUCCUGGUUGCCACGGACGCCAGCUCCCUGGUCUGUUACAUCACCCGCUUCACGGAGGAAGCCUUCGCAGCGCUCAUCUGCAUCAUCUUCAUCUAUGAGGCCCUGGAGAAGCUGGUUCACCUGGGAGAACUCUACCCCAUCAACAUGAACAAUGAGCUGAACAACCUCACUUUCUACACGUGUCAAUGUUCUCCACCUGUUAAUGUCACGCCUGAGAUCCAGCAGGUCUGGAACCACAGCCAGGUCGCACCAGAAUCAAUUUCUUGGACCCAACUGGAUGUCACAGAGUGUUCUAGGCUGCGUGGGGAGUUAGUUGGGCCAGCCUGCAGCCACCACGGUCCCUACAUCCCUGACGUCCUCUUCUGGUCCGUCAUCCUCUUCUUCACCACCUUCUUCCUCUCCUCCUUCCUCAAGCAGUUCAAGACCAAGCUCUACUUUCCCACCAAGGUACGGUCGACCAUCAGUGACUUUGCGGUCUUCCUGACCAUCAUGAUCAUGGUCCUGGUGGACUACCUGGUGGGCAUUCCCUCCCCCAAACUGAGUGUGCCUGACCGCUUUGAGCCCACAUCUAAGAACCGUGGCUGGCUGAUCUCCCCGCUGGGUACCAACCCCUGGUGGACCAUGCUGGCUGCAGCCAUUCCUGCCCUGCUCUGCACAAUCCUCAUCUUCAUGGAUCAACAGAUCACCGCCGUCAUCAUCAACAGGAAGGAGCACAAACUCAAGAAAGGCUGUGGCUACCACCUGGAUCUUCUGGUGGUGUCUGUGAUGCUGGGGGUGUGCUCCAUCAUGGGCCUGCCCUGGUUCGUAGCAGCCACUGUGCUCUCCAUCUCCCACGUAAACAGUCUGAAGCUGGAGUCGGAGUGCUCGGCCCCCGGGGAACAGCCCAAGUUCCUGGGGAUCAGAGAGCAGAGGGUCACCAGCUUCAUGAUCUUCAUCCUCAUGGGCUGCUCCGUCUUCAUGACCUCUGUGCUCAAGUUCAUCCCUAUGCCAGUCCUCUACGGGGUGUUUCUCUACAUGGGUGUGUCCUCACUCAAAGGCAUCCAGUUCUUUGACCGUAUCAAGCUGUUCUGCAUGCCAGCCAAGCACCAGCCGGACCUGAUCUACCUGCGCUACGUUCCCCUGUGGAAGGUCCAUGUGUUCACCCUGGUGCAGCUCACAUGCCUGGUACUGCUGUGGGUCAUCAAGGCGUCCGCAGCCGCCGUCGUCUUCCCCAUGAUGGUGUUGGCCCUGGUGUUUAUACGGAAGCUGCUGGACUUCUGUUUCACCAACAGGGAGCUGAGCUGGCUGGACGACCUGAUGCCUGAGAGCAAGAAGAAGAAGGAGGACGACAAGAAGAAGAAAGCCAAGGAGGAGGCCCAGCGCAUGCUGGAUGUGGAAGAGGGCAUAGCACACCCCUACGACGGGCCGGGUGUCCUCAAGACCCUCAAAGUCAGUUUGGACCCCUCUAUGGUAAACAUUUCUGAUGAAAUGGACAAAACCGCCAAUUGGAAAUCUGUCUCCAUGAACUCUGACAGUGCCAAAGCUCUGAAACAUAGUGCCAGCCAGGCGAAGGUGUCCUGUGUGAAGAUAAACUUGGAGAACGACCAGGGGGAGAAGUAUGGGGAUGCUGAGACCUCCUUAUGAACGAGGGACGGGAGGAGCAGGGAGAGUGCCACGUCUGCCCCUAGCCUACCAGAUGGCGUUGUCCUCCUGUCCUCCCACACAACAGGGGGCAGUGUCCUUAAUGGGCCUGCCCGCUGCCCUAACAGCUGCUACCAAACCAACGCCAAGGGGGCAGACAAAGACACAAGCAGUUCUAGUUAGCCAUGUUUCUUUAGUUCUUAUUGUGAAAUUAGUCAGAGGGAAAUUUGUCUUUUAAUUUUAUCAUCGUUUUAAGGUGAAAAAACAUUGACUUUAUAUUCAGGUGUGCCUUUUUAAGGAACAACUGGGUCUUCUUGGAAUGACUUUCAUCAGGCUUUUUACCAACAUGUCCAUAGUCUGUCUCUGUGAUAUGUUGUACAGUCUGUCCUCGUAACACUUCCUUCGAGUGCAAUGCAUUACGAAUGCAUAUAGUGGCCUCUAUCGCCCUUAGUGCAUUAUAUUAUAAGAGUUGCUGUAAGCAUUUAAAACCUGUCCCCAGGUGGUUCAUAGGAAGCGGUAGGCCUAACAGCAGUCCAUGCACCCAGGGUGGCUUGAGCACAACGACUGCACUCUAUCUGGCUCACUCUGAACAAUAGACAGUUUGUUUUUAAAUUACAUUAUGUUUGAGAAAGCAGGUGAUGCUCAACAAAAGGUCCAAACACAUUUGAGCACAUAUUAUAUUUAAUUUAUCUGUUGUGUGUGUGUGUGUGUGUGUGUGUGUGUGUGCGCGCGCAUGGGUGUGUACAGUAAAGUGUAAGAAACUGAAGAGCAGCUUAAGAUGGCUUUUCACAAUAUCAGAGUCAUGAAACCGUGAUGUGUACUAUGUGCUGUUGAUUCAGAUUAUCAGUCAUAGUAGGUUCAAAGGCUAAAGAUGUUGUGUCAAAGUGAACAUGACAGACCAUAGCAUAGCCCAUAGUUUGCAGAAUAUUUCUUGAAUUAAUUGCCAAACAUCUCUUACUAACCUUAAACAAUCCCAAAUUGGAAACAAACUAUAAUAAGAUGAAGUUUCAAAAACAAAAUGUUUUCACAUUUCUCGAUUGAGCGGUCUUGUUCUUUUGGAGUAAUGGCGAGGGUGUUGCCUGCAGUGUCCAUACAUACAUAAUGGUGGACUUGAAAGGAAGAAAAUAUGUAUAGAGUAAGUUUAUAAAACUGAUGCCUUCUUCAGGGCAGGUUUAAAGCUGUUCAAUAAUGUUAUUGUACAUGGCUGUGGUAGCCUGGGUUUAAUCUAGUGUAGUGCACCUGCACCAAGGAAGUCUUACCAGAGCUGUAGCUACACUUGGUUAUGAUGACGAGGGGAAACCCACUUUUAUCCUGUUAAAAGGUUUACAUCCAAUGGAAUAUUUUCUGUUAUGGGGUAUAUAUUUUAUAUUGUUUUUUUUAAUCAUUUUUAUCUAUAUCAUUACAAUAUGUAAUGCAUUUAAUUUAUUUUGAAUUGGUCAACGUUGCAGAGUUUGGAAGGGGGCAGGAGGAGACAGCAGGGUCGUUGUUUGUUGCUGGCCGGUAAUUCAUGUUCUUUAUUUCCUGUCUUUAUAUCUGUGCACUUUAGAAACGCCUGCCGCACCACAAUGGGGGGAGGGGGGGGGGAGGCUAUAUGUACCUUUUUAUAUAAAUGUAUCUAUUUAGAUCAGUCUCAGGAACUAAUGGGCUCAAUGCGGCCCUUGUCUCUCUCUCUGUGUCUCUGUCUCUCUCUGUUACUCUCCCUCUUUCUGUAUCGCCCUCUCUCUCUCCCACUC